AUGACAACGAAUAAUAAUGAUAUAAAAGUACCGGUUACUUUAAUUUCCGGAUUUUUAGGUGCUGGAAAAAAUGAAAAGAAAAUAGCGGUUAUACAAAAUGAGUAUGGAUCUGGUAUUGGUAUAGAAACUGCAAUGAUUAGAGGUGAAGAUGGUAGUAAGGUAUCAGAGUGGUUAGAGUUUCCAAAUGGUUGCAUUUGUUGCACUGUUAAGGAUGACUUUUUGAAGUCUGUAGAGGAUCUUUUAAAGAGAAAAGAUAAAUUUGAUUAUAUUUUAAUUGAAUCAACUGGAAUGGGUGAUCCUGGACAGAUUAGUUCUUCGCUUUGGGUUGAUGAUGAACUUGGAUCGCCUGUCUAUUUGGAUAGUAUCAUUACUGUGGUGGAUUGUAAGAAUAUUCUUAGACAGAUCGACGAGCAUGACAAUCCGAUGCCCAACGACAAGAUGAGAUAUUCAAGUGAAGCGGAACGGCAGAUUGCAUUUGGUGAUGUGAUUCUAUUGAACAAAGUUGAUUUGGUGGAUGACAAGCAACUUGCCGAGAUCAACAAACGAAUCAAAGAGAUCAAUCCAUUCUGCAAGAUCAUACAGACCACCAGAUCAGUAGUGUCACUCGAUUCAGUAUUGAAUAUAAAGUCAUAUACACCAAAUCUAGAAGUAAUCAAAUCUUAUUUAGAUGUACAAAACAAUAAUAGCAAAGGUAAUAAUGAGCAUGGAGAAUGUAAUCAUGAUCACGAUCAUACAGAUGGAUCUAGUUGUAGUGAUAAACAACAUAAUCAUUCAAGUCGUGUCAAUACUAUUUGUUUGGAGAGUGAAGGUUCAAUAGAUUUGAUCGAGUUGAAUAGAUGGAUAGGUUCACUGGUAUGGGAAGACUACAAAGAUAGAAUCUUUAGAAUGAAAGGUUUGGUUGCAGUCAAAGGUGAACAAGAGAAGAGAGAUUGGAAUAACAAAUUUGAUAGAUAA